UUCUUUAGGUGUGCUUUCCCCCGCCAUCCCUAUUGGUGGAAAAUCCGAGCCGCCCCUCACGUUGCGGAUAAACGUACUCCAGGUUUCAAAUCCCCGGAAGUGACGAUCAAAGGCACUCCUCUCCGGAAGUGACGACAGGAGUGCCCUUGACAGGCGGGGAGGGCUGGGCCGUCCGUCCCUCUGUUCGCGCUGCAGGGAGAUGGCUCAGCGGCUUCUUCUGAGGAGGUUCCUGGCUUCUGUCAUCUCCAGGACGCCCCCUCAAGGUCGGUGGGCACCCCUCGCCUCCAGGGCCCUGCAGACCCCACAAUGCAGUCCUGGUGACCUGACAGUAACACGCAGCCAGGCGCGGUCAAUAUAUACCACCAGAGUCUGUACAACAACCUUUAACAUCCAGGAUGGGCCUGACUUUCAAGACCGAGUUGUCAACAGUGAGACACCAGUGGUUGUGGAUUUCCAUGCACAGUGGUGCGGUCCCUGCAAGAUCCUGGGGCCAAGGUUAGAGAAGGUGGUGGCCAAGCAGCAUGGAAAGGUGGUGAUGGCCAAGGUGGAUAUUGACGACCACACAGACCUCGCCAUAGAGUAUGAGGUGUCAGCUGUACCCACUGUACUAGCCAUCAAGAAUGGGGACGUGGUGGACAAGUUUGUGGGCAUCAAGGAUGAGGACCAGCUGGAGGCCUUCCUGAAGAAGCUGAUUGGCUGACAAGCAGGGAAGAACCCUGAUUGCCCUUGCCUACUGGGGCCCCAUGGUCCCGGGAGGGCCCCCGGUUGAAUUCACAGCCCUCUCCCGGCCCUUCCUGCCUCUCUCUUCUGUCUGGCCCCUGAGGGCCCGUGCUCUGGAGACCGGGCCUCCAAACAUGGAGCCUUGAGUGCUUCCAACCCAGCUGACUGCCAGGGGAGUGAUGCUGCCACUGAUCUGGGGACAGCUGUCUGCCCACCCACUCUCUUUUUGUCUGCUCCUUCUAGGGCUGUCAGUUCUCCCAAGAUGCUUGGAGAGAGCCCCGGGCCAGCCCAUAGUGUUACUGUUCCAGCAGGAACAGCUUGGUCCUCGUCUCCCCCAGUCCCUUCUGAUCUGAACCCCAGUGCCUGGCUCAUCUGCCUCUUGCACUUUUCUUUCCUGCUGUUUUUUUUGUGAAAAGAAAAAGAAGGAAAAAAAGAAACCUAAACAAGUGAGAGUAAUAUAUAAUUCUCUCAUUUUUUUUAGGUCUGUAAUAAAGAACCUUAUGUGGUCCCUUCUACCUCCUGCUGUAAAGAACAGACCUUGGGCCCCACACUAAAUUAUCCUGUGGCCACCCCGCCCCAUCCACCCCCCAAGAGCCACCUCCCUUCUUUCCUCCCAGCAAACAUGCCUGGGCUGAGGCAUCCUGCAGACCCUUGGCUCGAAGUCUCCAGAUGCCACCCUCCCUCACCAUUAACUGGCCCUUUGGUUCUCUGAGCAGGUGGCUUCACUGUGAACAAACCGGACCAAUAAAACUGCGGUUUGCACUCUUAA